GUACAUAAGGUACUUAUUAUUGUACACAAUAGGACGACAUCAAUAUUGGUCUUGGCUCCUACCCCACAGAGCCAGUCUGUCCUUAAGCUUUUGCGGUUGACAUACUGAUCCAUACUAGAAAUAUCAUUGAUAACACACACCGAACACACACCGCGACUCUAGUAAAGGAAAUUCCUUCUUAAUCUCGAAGCCCGUCUUGGCUUUGCAAAUUGCACUGCACUUAGGACAUCACACACACAUUCCACUAUCAGCAAUUGCUGCAGGUGUAUUGAUACUCGACGUCCGACGAGCUUGGCGGGCUAUCGCGAGCGCACCGACGAUAUGGAUUACGAAGCUUUAAAAGAACAAUGGAGCGAGGUGGAAGACCGUGACGGUGUUCGACUGAGUUGGAAUGUUUUCCCUAGCUCUCGAAUGGAAGCGUCUCGCCUCGUCGUUCCCAUCGGUGCUCUCUACACCCCCCUGAAAGAGAAGCCAGAUACACCCUUACUACAAUUCGAGCCCGUGACGUGUAAACAACCGUGUCGCUCUGUCUUGAACCCCUUCUGUCAAGUCGAUGUUAGGGCACGUCUAUGGAUCUGCCCAUUCUGCCUUUCGAGGAACCCUCUUCCUCCUCAUUACAAGGACAUCACGCCCAAUGCCAUCCCCCCCGAGCUGCACCCGUCGAACACAACGAUCGAGUAUCGACUCUCACGACCAGCACCCAGCCCGCCUAUUUUUCUCUAUGUUGUCGAUACGUGUCAAGAGGAUGAUAGUCUGUCGGCUUUGAAGGAGUCUCUCAUCAUGAGUUUGAGCCUCCUCCCCGAGAAUGCCUUGGUUGGCCUGAUUACUUAUGGAACAAUGGCCCAAGUUCACGAGAUCGGGUAUACCGAGUGCGCCAAGUCAUACGUUUUUCGUGGUAGCAAAGAUUAUUCUGCCAAACAAGUUCAGGAGAUGUUAGGUCUGCUUGCCCCGAGUCUCCGCCCUGGCAUGCCACAGCAGCAGCCUGGUCGACCUAUGUUGCCCAUGGGGCCGGCCACCAGAUUCUUGUUACCCGUUCAACAAUGUGAGUUUCAGCUUACUAAGAUUCUCGAACAAUUGCAGAAGGACCCUUGGCCUGUCGCCAGUGACAGGAGAAAUCUUCGAUGCUCUGGUGUUGCGCUUAGCGUUGCUGUUGGCCUUCUUGAGUCUUCAUUCCAAAACGCUGGUGGCAGGAUCAUGCUCUUCGCCGGCGGUCCUGCAACUGAAGGCCCGGGAAUGGUCGUUGGCCCCGAAUUGAGAGAACCAAUUCGCUCACACCACGACAUUGAUCGUGACAAUAUCAAAUAUUAUAAGAAAGCACUUAAGUUCUACGACAAUCUUGCGAAGCGGACUGCCCACAAUGGCCACAUAAUAGAUAUAUUCGCCGGCUGCUUAGAUCAAGUAGGAUUGCUUGAGAUGAAAGGCUUGUGUAACUCGACAGGCGGACAUAUGAUCCUCACUGAUAGCUUCACAUCAUCUAUGUUUAAGCAGUCAUUUAUUCGAGUCUUCGAGAAGGACGGGGAUGAUAAUCUAUUAAUGGGCUUUAAUGCUGUCCUCGAAGUUUUGACAACUAAGGAGUUGAAGGUUACCGGCUUGAUUGGACAUGCCGUGUCAUUGAACAAGAAGUCAACUUCGGUUGGAGAGACCGAGUGUGGUAUUGGCAACACGUGCUCGUGGAAGAUGUGUGGCAUCGACCCCAAUGCUAGCUAUGGCGUCUACUUCGAAAUUGCAAGCCAGGGAGGCCCCACGCAACAUCAGCAGGGCCAGCAGAAGGGUAUGAUGCAGUUCUUGACGUAUUACCAGCAUUCUUCUGGGCAGUUCCACCUACGCGUAACUACUAUUGCUAGGAACUUGAGCGGCCCAGCCGGAGAUCCCGCCAUCGCACAGUCCUUCGACCAGGAAGCGGCCGCGGUACUCAUGUCGAGAAUUGCCGUUUUCAAGGCAGAGGUUGAUGAUGGUCCCGAUGUUCUCCGAUGGGUGGACCGGAUGCUUAUUCGGUUAUGUUCACGCUUUGCCGACUACAGGAAAGACGAUCCUUCCUCGUUUAGGCUGGAGAAGAACUUCACUCUUUACCCCCAGUUUAUGUUUCACCUCCGGCGAAGCCAGUUCCUACAGGUCUUCAAUAACUCCCCCGAUGAGACAGCCUUUUAUCGCCAUGUGCUGAAUCACGAAGAUGUGAGCAAUUCUCUCAUCAUGAUACAACCAACUCUCGAUUCGUAUACCUUCGACCAGGAUGGAGGACAGCCUGUCUUGUUAGACUCGACUUCUAUUCAGCCUACACAUAUUUUAUUGCUGGAUACGUUUUUCCACAUCCUCAUCUUUCACGGAGAAACUAUUGCAGAAUGGAAGAAAGCGGGGUAUCAGGAUCAAGAAGGUUAUGAGAAUUUCGCCACACUCCUGGAACAGCCAAAAGAAGACGCAAGAGACCUUAUUGCAGACCGCUUCCCGCUUCCUCGGUUUAUUGUAUGCGAUGCUGGUGGCUCGCAAGCGCGAUUUUUACUGUCAAAGCUUAACCCGUCGACGACACACACCACAGGGGCAUACGGUGGUGUUGGUGCACAGACUGCGCAGACAAUAUUUACUGAUGAUGUAUCACUGCAAACCUUCAUGGAUCACUUGAUGAAGUUGGCCGUGAGCGGGACGAAUUAAUUGCGUAGUAAAACCCAACCCCCUUAGACGAGGAGUUUAUGAUGCUUGUGCUACAUAGCUUAUUGGGCCUUACAGCUGCUUCAUCAUGAUUGUCUCUCCAAUCUCCGUUCAUGAUGAAUUUGGCGAGCUCGCUGUCUUAAGUGUUAGUCUUAUAGUAUACUAAUUCUUAAAAAAAAAAUAACGAAGUUGGCUCGGAGCGGCUCAUGUACUCAGUAUUAUUGUAGACAGCAGUCAGUUCAUGCGUCAAUAAACCGUAUGUCCUCGUUGAUAUAGUAUGUGUCGUUUUUCUCUUAACCCUUCUUGUCUUUAAAGCUCCCACCUUGUUGGUACCCGGGUAGGCGAUUACAUGGUCUUCCCCGUAUCGGCUUAAUGCAACAACAGGGCAGCAAAUGUUUGACCUUAUGUAAUCGGAAUCUUUUCAGAGUUAACUAAUUAUAAGGUUGAAUCCAUGGUUUUCAGCCCC